CAUCAAUCGCAGUGCCACCACCAGCGAGGCAUUUCUGCCAACAACAAUAACAACAAUGCCACCCAAGGUACCUCUGAAUUGGGGGCUCCCACCCCCUCAAUUCCUCAUUCCCUCCACAUCAGCGCGAUGUCUCCUCCAGCAGCAAACCACGCCAACAUGCUCGCUCGCAUACACCUCAAUCCGCACCAUUAAAUCCACCUUCGCCCCGAAACCCGACCGCUUCGCCCACCACCCGUCCAAACCCGCCUUGAACAGCACUUCAACCGCAGCCCUCGAGCGCAAAGCCCACAGCACACCCCUCCGAACAGGUUUACUAGCUAUAAAAAAGGGCAUGACAUCCGUCUACGACGUCGAAACCGGAAAACGCACCGCCUGCACCGUCCUCCAAUUCGACCGCAACCAAGUCGUCGCGCACAAGCGACGCGACAGCCAUGGGUACUGGGCCGUGCAAAUUGGGGCUGGCCAAAAGGAAGCCCGCAAUGUGACAAGGCCUAUGCUUGGGCAUUUUGCGGGUGCGGGUGUCGCGCCGAAGCGGUGGGUUGCCGAGUUUCGUGUUAAAGGGGAGGAGGGGUUGCAAGUGGGUGUUGGGGAGAGUGUGGGUGCGGGGUGGUUUAGGGAGGGGCAGUGGGUAGAUGUGCGUGGAGUGGGGAGGGGGAUGGGGUUUGCGGGUGGUAUGAAACGACAUGGCUUUAGUGGUCAACCCGCCUCCCAUGGUCAAUCGCUCAUGCAUCGUGGUAUGGGAUCUGCGGGUGGAUCUCAAGGCUCCGGAUCGCGUGUGUUGCCUGGCAAGCGCAUGCCGGGGAAUAUGGGGAAUGAGAGUGUUACGGUGAAGAAUUUGAGGGUUUUGCAGGUGGAUGAGGGGAAUGGGGUUGUUGUUGUUACUGGUUGUGUACCUGGUCCCAAGAACCAAAUCAUCCGUGUUCAAGAUGCGCUGGGUAAACCAUGGCCAAAGGGACCCAUGAACACGGCUGAGCUUGCGCCUCAGGAAGUACUGGCGGCGGCGGCGGCGGCUGAUGCUGCUGCUACUGGUGCUGAGGCAACUACUGCUACCGCUUAGACGAACGAGUAUGUGGGAUGAGAAGAAAGCAUUGUAUCAUAUUAUACGAUUGAGGCGUUGGAAAGUUUAACCAUCCGAGAUGAACAAGCAUGUACGUGUACGAAGGUGAAAAAAAAAAGCCGCAGAGAGAAGAAAAGAAGUGGACAUGAAUAUUGUGAGGAUGGUGUAGUGAUAGACGCUUAAGCAAGGGAUGAAGAAACAUGAACAUUGAGUUCUUACUCAGCCAUCGUUUAAGAAAAGUGUCAUCACUCAUUAUCUUCAUAACUAAACCCCCCUCAAAAAAACCCAUGCAGAGCAGAAGGAAAAAAACUCAAAAAAGUCAUCAUCAUCUAUAUCCCCACUCCACCCUCCCAAUACCGUCUCCC